GGAACCUCAAUGACAAAAGUAGAUAACAAAGCCCGCAUGGUGAACACUCCCCUUUAGUUUACUUGACCUCCCUCUUUUUUCACACUAUGUACAGUUAUAUUAGCAUGCACGAACUGAGCCUUAGACUGUGGCUGUGUUUGCCAAAUUCGCUCAUUCACUCAGCCAUUUAGACUCAACGGAUAAUUUAGGUCCCUUAACUCUACAUUCUAAGGGUAAACGAUACGGGUAUUUAUGUGGGUACCACGGGAAUGGGGUUGCGUUGAGGUCUUGUUCGCCGCCGUGAGGGUUUGGCGUCCAUGACACCCUGUCUCAUUCGCGCCCUUGAUUGCGCGCCAAGCGUGUUGAGUGUCGUUUCCGAGACCUGCGCGAAGCUGCCGAAUACGCUGUAUCUGAUUUCUGGCUCGUUUAAUGUUAUAUUUCUGUAUACUCUAGCAUUCAACAUACAGACCCGUCAACUGAAUGUCACAGGGAGGACAGGCGUCUUCGGGCCACACUCAUACCUCGCAAAGAACGCCCCAAUUGAUAGACUGUACACAACGUCGUUCGCACAGCCGCCCACUUUAGUUUCGUGGUACAUAAACUGGAGGGAAUGGGAUGCGUACGGACGAUACCCAACAUUGGAACAUCUUGACACUGUGAAUACGACUUCGACGCCUGCGUAUAUUGCCUUGACCAGUUCGUACAUCUACUCUGUUGGAGGGCCAACGGGAGCAGUUCACAAGAUAGACCCUGCGAAUGGUGGAUUUGGGCAACAGAUACAGCAACUACUGUACGUUGAUGCUGACCAGCUUCCAUUCGUGGAUAAGACUAGGAGCGGUAUAAGGAACGGUACGCACUCAAUAGAGCUUACUACCACGGGCUUUGCUUUCGCUGCGAAUCUCGGUCGUAACUCAAUAUGGAUGUACAAGUUGGAUCGAUCAUCGGGGAAGCUGGUGUUUCUGAGCGAAAAUAAGUCAUUCCGCGAGGGAGACGCUCCCAGGCACGUCCUCCCGUCUCCAAAUGAAAAAUAUCUGUAUUGCGCCACCGAAAACACUUCAUUCGUGGACGUGUACGAGAUAAUGAAUGAUCAUCUCGAGCACCGUCAAUCAGCGAGUAUCCUCCCUCCAGGCCUGGAUCGAGGCAAUUACAGAGGUGACACUGUACGUCUAUCUCGAAAACAUCUUCAUCUUCGUCCCCACACCCCAAGAGAGAAUAAACACGAGGGGCACGGGCCAUUGACUUAUCUCUUCGCCACAACCCGCGGUACGACAACGGAGUACAAAGGAUACAUCGCCGCGUUCGCCAUAUCUUCGGAUGGACUCAUCGUAAACCCCUCUGAUCAAACCCCCCAUUCGUCCUUGCCACUACAUUCACUGGAUCCCUCGAAAGAAAAGAUGACAAGGAAUGAAAAUAUCAUCUUCCCUGCCAGCACGUUUCAAACGCCCACUUCGGGUGGGCAGGCCAACGCGAUUGAACUGGCGCCAUAUGAGAUUUCCAGUUGCGCGACGCCGGGGGGGAUUGCCGAUGCGGAAUGGAUGGUCCUUACGGAUGGCGAGCAAGGAUUGAUCCUCAUUGUUGAAUGGAGCGGAAAAAGAGGAAGCUUCAAGAUCAUCAGUGAUGUACUGUUGGACGCUGGCGUAGGCGGGAACUCGAGUGCAAAGGCAUUGCCCAGUGUUGCUCUUUGGUUGGCUUGAGGGCUGUGUGGCGCAGGUAAGGCUACUGGGCAUUUGCUAAGGUCACCAUGGUUCGAUGCUCGAUGAAGCUAUCAUCCUGAGUGUUUAUGGAUGCUUUCGGACUGGUCCAGGGUAUGGCUCGGAGCGCAGUUGGCCAUUUACUCGAAUGUUUACAACCCCCUUGCCAAUGUUUAAGUUUUUCUGUAUAGAAGUUCUGUUUGUUGUUUCUGGCAUCGAUCCUGUACGAAUUAGUUUGAAAGAAUGUGAAAGGGAAGAAUCUUGUGCAUGAUAUGACACCAGCAUCGUGCAUGGUUUUCUUGUUCUUCCUUUCACCCCUCUUCACACCCUAACCUCACAACUUCAACAUACUAAGGGCGCUUAGAGCGGGACCGUGCGCUAUGCAUGUUCAGUCCGAUGCCCUCAAAAUCCUUUAGUGGAGUUGGCCGAAUUUACAGCAUCCUUGGUGUAUUUUAUGUGUAUACACUUGUAUACAGAUGUAGCAG